AUGUCAACCCCAAAUGCUACACAAGACGGAGGGUACGCCGUGGUCUUCCGUGAUCCAUACGGUGCCGACAAAGCCGCCACUACCAGCUCUUCAGAUUCAGCAAUAGCCAGAAUCGAUCUUCCGGGAUCUCAAGAGCAAGACGGCAUCAGUGUCGGCGACUUUACUAUCCGGCACUGGCUAUCUCACAGAACCUUUGGAGCCGCCCACGUCGAGAUGGCCGCCCUUGCCCAAGCACUGGAAGAGGUUAUCAAGCGUAACGAUCAACACCGUCCGGACAAAUCGACUGUCAAGAUCUUCACCGAUUCCGACACAGCCCUGGCACGGAUAGACAGGGGCAUCCUCAACUUGGAGACGAAUACCUUUGCCAACAGCCUCAAGCGCAAGCGCGAGAAUAAAGCAUUCUUCGAAGAACACACCAAUCCAUUUGUACGUCUCAUUGUAUGGCAGUCGCACUACCUCUCUGACCGCGGUUGCACCAUCGAGAUGAACUGGAUGCCUCGGAACACCACACUGGGUCACAGCUUGGCCGAUCAUAUGGCCGGCAAGUGGAAGAACUGGAGGGGAAAGGAUCCGGGUGAUGCUUUUAACCAGAACUAUCUACCACGCGAUGAGAGAGACGGCAUUAUGGACAAGUUGCAUGAGGAGGUCAGCGCCAUUGAGCGUGCAAGAACCUAUGAUGUUCUGGACCCUGAACCUGAGGAGGAGCCCAAGCCCAAGCAGGCGCAACCUCCGAAGAAAGAGAGGAGGAUUAAGCUUGCGACUGGGGCCAAGAAAAGGAGCACAACAGAACGUAUUGCCCUCCUCGACAGUCCAAGCGACUACAUCCCUCUGGACUCUGAAUCCGAAGAGAAACUGGCGUCUCAGUCGCAACCACAGAAAAAGAAGCAGAAGGUCGAGGGUACGAUUAAGGCCCAAAAAAGGAGUACAACUGACUUCAUUCUCCUGGAUUCUGAUACCGACGAGGAACCUCAACGACCGAAGAAAAGGAGAAGGGUAAGGCGUGCAAGGGUCAAGAAAACAAGUGCAGAGGCUCAUACUGCCCCUGAUGGUUCAAGCGACUACACCCCGCUGGACUCCGAUUCUGAGCAGAAGCCCAAGCCCAAGCCACAGCCUCCGAAGAAACAGCAGGAGACCAAGGGAGCGACCACGGUCAAACAAAGAAGUACAAGUGACUUCAUUCUGCUAGACUCUGAUUCCGAGGAGCAACCCAAGCCCAAGCAGCCGCAAACUCCAAAGAGAAGGAAGAAGAUUAGGGGUGCCAUUCCGGUUAAGAAAGGAGCAUCGAUGCAGCAGGUUGAAGAGGACAGACUGCUCAAUGGCGAAGAUAAUGCGACUAGCGCCGACGGAUUGCUUCAUGGUGAGGACCAUGCCUUCGCCUUCGACUUGGGAAACCUGCCUGUCUACCCCAACGAGGAGCACGCAAUUCACGAUCCUGACUCCGGCCAUGGAACUCCCAGUUGUCUUUUGUGUGCUUGCCAAGACAAUGAUUACCCGUGA